UUCAAAAUGGUUUAAUUAAUUGUUCUUUUUAAGAAAUAAUAGCGUGACAGAAAAUUAAUGAGCGCUGGCAAUAAAAAUGCAAUCUUGACCGGGUUCCGCUCAUAUUUAAAUCGCUCCCAUCUUGGCUAAGAAAAUCAAGAAACAUGGUUUCUCCUCAGGCAAUACAAGUUUUGCAAAAUGAGCUACCGUUGGAGCAGGAAAAUCUACUUCUCUCCGGUGAAGUCAAGACCGGUUUGGUGCUUGUCGACAUUGUUAAUGGCUUUUGCACCGUUGGUUCUGGAAAUCUCGCACCACAAGCUCCUGAUGCUCAGAUUGCUGGAAUGGUUGAUGAAUCGGUGAGGCUUGCUAGAGGGUUCUGUGAGAAGAGGUGGCCUAUAUAUGCGUUUCUCGAUACUCAUCAUCCGGAUGUUCCGGAGCCUCCUUAUCCUCCUCACUGCAUUGCUGGAACGGAUGAAUCGAAACUGGUUCCUUCAUUACAGUGGCUGGAAAAUGAACCGAAUGUGAUAUUGCGAUGCAAGGACUGUAUUGAUGGAUUUAUUGGUUCUUUGGAAAAGGAUGGAACGAAUGCUUUUGUGGAUUGGGUGAAAACAAAUGGGAUCAAAGCUAUACUGGUUGUAGGGAUUUGCACAGACAUUUGUGUCCUUGAUUUUGUGUGCUCAGCCCUGUCUGCUAGAAACCGUGGACUGAUUUCUCCAUUAGAGGAUGUAGUUGUGUAUUCACGUGGUUGUGCUACUUUCGAUCUUCCAAUAGAUGUUGCCAGAGAUAUGAAAGGGGCUCUAGCUCAUCCACAGGACCUAAUGCAUCAUGUUGGGCUUUACAUGGCCAAAGGCAGAGGAGCGAAGGUGGUUUCGGAAGUUGUUUUUGGUGUAUAAAUAAAUGUGUAACUAAAUUAUACUAGUAUUUGAUAGUAUUUUUGCAGCUUAUCUAGUGAUUUAUCGUUAAACUAUCAAACUCUACCUUGUUUCUUUGCUUGGUAUUAAAGCAAUAAAGAUAUUAUCUUUUUGUAA